GUUUUUAGUUAAUCGUAGGAGGCGUGUGUUGUACAAGAAAAAUUAAUUUGAAGAGACGCCAAUGUGAAUUUGAUAAAACCAUGUAAAAUAGAAUUCGUCGGGGAAAAAGGAUGAUAGAAAUAUUGAUUGAUUUAAAAGAUUUAAAAGCUGAUUGAACACAAGAAGGGAUAAAGAAUGGUUAACUCGUACAAUAGAAUCCAUCACCAUCAAACAUUUGCCAAUCAUUUAUUUACCAAUCACAACGACAUUUUGUAAUCUGGCGCGCUCGUCAUAGAUUUUUAUUAUCCUCGCCACACUCACCCACACCGCAGAUCAAUUUGAAAUAAAAUACAGUCCACUGAAUUGCGAUCCCUAACAGUCGGUGAAAAAUUAAAAUUUUUUUCAGAAGAAAUCAUAACCUAAAAAUAUAUUAGUGUACCUAACCUUAAAAAAAUUGUGCAUUAUUUAUUUGCUUUAUUUGUGUCUUAUUAUUCCUCGAUUAUUUUUAUUUCUAAGUAAUGAUUGAAAUUGAAAAGGAUUCUCAUGAAUCCUUGAAAAAUAAUCCCACAGAUUAUACAAAAAUAUCCUGUAUAAAUCGCAUAAAUUGUGGCAAAAUAACCUACCCGGAAUUCUUUUCUAAUUUCAUGCUGAAAAAUGUCCCCGUAAUUCUAACAUCAAUUUCCCAAAAUUGGCAAUGCGAAAAGUGGAUAAAAUUGGAUGAAAAUGCAGAGAAAAGGAUGAACUUUUCCCAGUUGAGAAAGGAAAUUCCCAACAUUAGGGUUCCUGUGGCAAAUUGCUCAAAACCAUAUUUUAAUUCUCACGAAAAGAGUGAAAUGAAUUUUCAUGAUUUUCUCGAUUGCUGGGAAAAGGGAUUUAAGGAUGAUCCGUUGUAUUUGAAGGAUUGGCAUUUGAGGAAAGAAUUGCCCAAUUAUCAAUUCUACAAUGUACCCGAAUUCUUUGCUUCUGACUGGUUGAAUGAAACCCUCUGUGAUGAAGAUCAGGAUGAUUAUAAAUUCGUCUAUAUGGGUCCCAAAGGAACGUGGACCUCAUUUCAUUGUGAUGUCUUCUCAUCAUUCAGUUGGUCAACUAACAUCGUUGGGAGGAAGAUGUGGUUCUUCCUGCCACCCGGUGAAGAGCUUAAACUCAAGGACAGAUAUGGAAAUCUUCCAUUUUCCAUCUCCCAGAAGGUUCUUGAAGGGAAAAAUGUGAAAUUCUUCAUUGUAACACAACGCCCUGGCGAGGCAGUUUUCGUUCCAAGUGGAUGGUUUCAUCAGGUCCACAAUCUCAAUGAUACAAUCUCAAUUAAUCACAACUGGUUCAAUGGAACACAAUUUAAAUCCAUUUGGAAGGCACUUGAAAGUAAUUUAAUUCAAGUACAGAGAGAAAUUGAUGAUUGUAGAGAUAUGGAUAAUUUCCAGGAACAUUGUCAGAUUCUCCUUAGAACCUCAUUUGGGAUGAAAAUUGAGGAUUUUCUUACAAUUAUGCAAAAAAUUGUACAAAAAACAGGAGAAAGAACGAGAUAUUUUGAAGGCUUCCAAUUCGGAGAGAAUCAUCUACUAUUUGAUGUAAUAAGCAUAGAUUAUGUUCUCAUAGAUAUGCUUAAUUCUCCAACAAUUGAAGAAAAAUAUAUCAAGAAAAUUAAUGAAAUUAGAAAAGAAAUUGAAACCAUAUUAAAGAUGAAAUAAGUUAGAAAAAUUUGCAAAUUAAAUUCUGUUUGUUUUAUUUAAUUA